UUCCUAUACCCCCUCCCUCUUCCCUCCCUCCCUCUCUCUCUCUCUCUCUCUGCUCUGGUAGAUCCACAAUGGUACAGCCAGCAUCUUGCAGCACAAUGGUUGCAAGGUGGUGAGCUGGGGGAGAGUGAUUCAGCAUCAGCACACCUCGGCUCCGUCCACUUCUGCUUUUUUCUUUCCUCAUCGCCUUAUUUUGGCUCUUCCUACUCUUCCUUUACAAACGUUUAAACUCAGCCUUGAGCAAUGGUCACCGCAGUGCUCCGCGUCGGGAUGUUUUGAAAAGGACUGUAACCGGACUGGGAUCGUCAUCAGCUGGCACGGAAUGGUAUUUAUGAGCAGACAUUUCUUAUAUAACUGCAGCCAACCAAUCCUGGAUGUGAAGAUAGCCUUUUGUCAGGGUUUUGGAAAACAAGUGGAUGUGUCAUAUAUUGCCAAGCAUUACAACAUGAGCAAAAGCAAAGUGGACAACCAGUUCUACAGUGUGGAAGUGGGAGAUUCUACCUUCACAGUUUUAAAACGUUACCAGAAUUUAAAGCCCAUUGGCUCUGGAGCUCAGGGAAUUGUCUGUGCGGGCUAUGAUGCUGUUCUGGACAGAAAUGUAGCCAUCAAGAAGCUGAGCAGACCCUUCCAGAACCAGACCCAUGCCAAGAGGGCAUACCGGGAGUUGGUGCUCAUGAAAUGUGUCAAUCACAAAAAUAUUAUCAGUUUAUUAAAUGUCUUCACACCACAGAAAUCAUUAGAGGAAUUUCAGGAUGUGUACCUAGUGAUGGAGCUGAUGGAUGCCAACUUGUGCCAGGUGAUUCAGAUGGAGCUUGAUCAUGAGAGAAUGUCCUACCUGCUCUACCAGAUGCUGUGUGGGAUCAAACACCUGCACUCAGCCGGCAUUAUUCACAGGGACCUCAAACCAAGCAAUAUAGUGGUGAAGUCAGAUUGCACCCUAAAGAUUCUGGACUUCGGUCUUGCCAGGACCGCAGGCACAAGCUUCAUGAUGACCCCCUAUGUGGUGACUAGAUACUACAGAGCCCCAGAGGUUAUCCUUGGCAUGGGGUACAAAGAAAAUGUGGAUAUAUGGUCAGUGGGGUGCAUCAUGGGAGAAAUGGUGCGCCACAAAAUCCUUUUCCCUGGCCGGGACUACAUUGACCAGUGGAACAAGGUGAUUGAGCAGCUGGGCACACCCUCACCAGAGUUCAUGAAGAAGCUUCAGCCCACAGUGAGGAACUAUGUCGAGAAUCGGCCAAAGUAUGCAGGCCUCACCUUUCCCAAGCUUUUCCCUGACUGCCUUUUUCCUGCUUUUUUUUUUAGCUUAAAGGUGAGAACUAGUCAAGCCAGAGACCUGUUGUCUAAGAUGCUGAUCAUUGAUCCUGCUAAACGGAUAUCAGUGGAUGAGGCCUUACAGCACCCCUACAUCAACGUGUGGUAUGAUCCAGCUGAGGUGGAGGCGCCUCCACCCCAGAUUUACGACAAGCAGCUGGAUGAAAGAGAACACUCAAUUGAUGAAUGGAAAGAACUAAUCUACAAAGAAGUGAUGAAUUUUGAGGAGAGAACGAAGAAUGGCGUUGUGAAGGGACAACCUUCACCUUCAGGUGCAGCCGUGAACAGCAGCGAGAGCCUCCCUCCUUCCUCCUCCAUCAACGACAUCUCCUCUAUGUCCACUGACCAGACCCUGGCCUCAGACACUGACAGCAGCCUGGAGACCUCUACAGGACCCCUGGGGUGUUGCAGGUGACUAGCCGCCUGCCUGCGCAACCCCGUGUUCUUCCGAAGGUGAAGAACCCAACCGAAAUGACCAAGUGAAAAUACAAAAAAAAAGUAAAUAUCAAAAUGAAUAUAGUAAGAGCUGAAGUGGAAACGGAAUCUGACAUGAUGAAAUCUAAAGCCUGUGCAUUGUCAUUUAAAAGCAGCAUUGGUAUUUAAACUGACGUAAAUGCGCUGACAUAUAUGGUAAUGAUCCUCUUAUUUGCUUUGCUUACAUUACCCCAAAUAUCUUCUAUAUGGCAUCUGAGCAAAAUGACCAAAUAGACUUGCAUCUCCUGUAAAGUGCAUAUCGGCUGGCUGCUGGUCUCCCAGUUCCUUACGGAGGCGUUUUUGCUCCAAUCAUUGUGGCAAGGUGGGCUGCCAUUUUGCUCAUUGACUCUGUACAAUACAAACUUCAUUCUCCCAUUCUUCUUUCCAAUCCAUAACGAUAUGUAAUGACAUGUUGACUGUUGUAUUUUAACACAAGGCUUCGUCUUAGACACCCACAUUCCCACCCAACACAAUCUCCAAGGUUGCCUGAUUUGUGUAUUUUUAUGUGGUUAUUCUGCAGGAAUAUAUAGUCACCCUCACCCAGAGUGGUGCUCCCUGCGAUAUUUGUAAAUAAUGUAAUUCUGUACAGUUGAAGGGCACACAGAGUGGGACUGAUGGCCAGUACACUGGGAGUUUUUUCUGACUAGCUCACCUUGCCACAUCAUUGCUUUCCACCUCAGUUGCCCCUGCCUAUUGCUGUAGUCCUGCAUGAUUAGAAUUAAAACAAUGCUAAUCUCACUGUAUGCUAAACUGAGUCUGUAUAGAGACUUUUGUAUAUACCAUGUAAACUAACUCACCCCCAGACAUGGGGGUCUGGUCACAGGAUAGGACGUGAGUGUGUGUGUGUGUUUGUGAAACACAGGAAAGCCAGUAAAACAUUAAUAGAUGUCAGAGCAGAGUUUGGGACUUAAAGGGGUCAGUACACCCGGAAAUAACUUAUUUUGAAUGUGCUCAGACUUUAUAAGAUUACUUUUAAGGAGUUUCAUUUGUACGUAAUGCCCCUUUUAUUUCCCAGGCUAGUGUAUGAUCAGUCCCUUCACCCCGCUGUGGGCUGGCUUACAGCCCUGAAUGUCACUGUGUAUCAUUAACCUCAUACACACAAAAGGUUGGUUUGUGGCGGUACCACAAGGAGGCUAUUCUUUUUUAUUUGACUCUUUGAAAUGCUUUUAGAAAGAAAUACAAGUGACACAGUGAGUAGUUUAAAGGCAGACGGGAGUGUUACCCUUGUAGCUAUGUGCUGUUUCAUUUUACAGUAAACUCAUGUACAUCAUUUCGCUUUACCCAAAAACACGUGCUUUAUUUUUUGUUAAUUAAAAGGAACUGGAUAGAGGCCGCUUCACUUGUGUCUAUUAGAUGGACCCUAAAUAUGGCAAGUGCCUUUUGGAAUGAAGAAUUGCAGGUGCAGAAAUCAUAUUAUUUUGGGUAUUUUCCCCCUCUGCUUCUUCUUUUUCUGCCUUAAAGGUUUUGGUGGAAAUGAAAAAAAAAACAAAAACAACUGUUGCUUUGACUUUUAGGUGUUAGCCAGUGAUUUCUGAGUUUGUGGUGUAAAGUCAAAUUGCUUCCUUCAGUGCUAGUUUUUAUUCACAUCAUGAAAGGGUUUCUGUCAUUUUGAAUUAAUUUUACUUUUUAGUUCUACUGCAAAAUUGAAACAGUUUCCAUAAAUACUGGGUGGCGUUUUGUUUUGGGUCAGUUAGUGCAUACACACACACACUUCUGUGCAUGCUUUGCAUUGAACUUGUUUUGCAUUGACAGGGUUUGGCAGCUGUAGUGCACUCUUUCUGUCCACUGGUCUAGGUUAUCUAAUCUUUGAUUGUGCUAAUCCAUUGUGUAUUAAUUUAAGAAAAGAAGUUGUUUGGCAGUUUGGCAGACUGGAAUCAGAGGAGACCAUAUCUUUACCUAUAUAGAACAUUGCAUCCAAAAUCUAGGCCAAACAAUAACUAUCAUAUAAUAUAUUUUCACUAUUCACAACAAUACUAGAAGCUGUACUUGUGGCUAUCAGAGAAAAACAGUUGACCUGUAGAUUAAGUUAAAAAGGAAUGAAGUAUGAAAUAAUUUAUUUCCACUGCCAAAUUUAAUUUUUUCCUGUAGGUUUGUUGGUUUCCAAGCGAAAAACCCACUGAUGGUGAUUUAAGAAAUAAUAUGUUACAAUGUAAUUUUACAAUGUAAUGCAACAUUCUGGAAACUGUGAGCUUGUGUGAACUAAACAAACAAAUGAGUCCCUCCUUUGUGCAUAGUUUGCACUGGAGGCGUUGUGUAGUGUUUAUCACUUGACAAUCAGGUAAGCUAACAAUAUACAACUACCAAGAGCACAGCCAAGCAUGCUUACUCUGUCUCUUAACUAAACACAUUGAGAUGUCUGUUGCAAGUAUGUCAAAACACCAUUUACAAUCAUUUCUCUGAAUAUCACCAUAUUUCCUGCUUAUGCAAAUUGCAUGGUUCUUGACACUGUUAAAACACCUCUGUGGAGAUGUGGCGACAGCACCGUUUACAUCAACAUUUCACAUAUUGGUUUCUUAAGACGUGAUAGUCCACCUGUAUCACUGUAAUCUUCGUCUGAAUACCCCCCAAAUCCUGUCCAUUUAACAUCAUAUAGCUACUUUGUUAACGCUCUGUCUACCUAUGGCUUGUGUACACUGAACCACACACAGACUUACAGCACCUUCACCGAGCUAAGAGGGUAACUGAGGGCGGGGUCUCCUGGAAAAGCUACGGCUAGCUGGGCUUCCUGUUCAGGGUCUGGCCAGGGCAAUCUUUCAAAACAGGGUGCAACUUUAAAAUUCUUUGUGUUUUGAAAAUGUUCAGAUGAAUUUCUCAUAAAAAGGGUCUAGUGUUUGAGUCGGCUCCUACACCACAAAUACCCACAACACUGUUGUAGUUUUUCUACAGGGCAUUUUUAACCAUCCUAAUUACACUGUUCUGGUCACUAUGGAGUACAAAACCAAAACAUAUGUCUUUUGUUUCUUUUACUGAAUGUGAAUUUUGGAUCUUUUUAUAGGACAUCCCUCCAUGCAGUUGUUAUAAUAAUAAAAAAGGUGCUUUUGGUCCUGUUGAAGGCACCUGAAGUACAGAUUAUACUAACAGCUGGGUUGUCAGCACUGAAUGUAGAAACGAAUGGUUUCACAGUUGCACACAUCAUUGCUGCUCUGCUCAUCAGUGUGUGUGUGAGAGAGAGAUUUCAAAUGAACCAGCAUUCAACUCAAACUGUCCAUAAAGUUGAAUUGGUAGUUGAUGUAGAAUUGGAUCAAAUCAUUUUACAGUGCAGUACAUGUCUUCAAAUUUUCCUUUCAGUAGAAACUCCUAACUUUUGUGUGAUUGCUCUUAAGGUCGGUACAGUCAUAUGUUUGCAUUUGUGGCUGACUCGUCAUCCAGCCACAAUUUUAUUGCCAGAAUGAGAGUUGGGUUACAUCUUGUACUCAGCUGUGCCAACAUAAAAUCUUUGGACUCGGUACUUGUGAUCCCCAGCUUCUUGUUUUUCACUUCUUUCUUUUAAUUCAUAUUGUAAAUAAUAACAAUCCGACAAUGCAAUAAACACUUAUUGCACUCAGACAGGGAGGCAAGCUACUGCAAAGGUCAGGCAAAUCUACAAUGUUUAGAGUCUUAGAUAUGGACUGAAAUGUGGAACUCUACAAUGACAAAACCAUCUGAAUCAGGUGAUAUUGUUCUUCAGUUCUUCUAUGAUUCCUUCUCUCUCGUUUCUUUUACACCGUGCUGUUUUAAUGAAUCAUUCUUUUGACAUUGUCAGGUUGAAAAAAAAAUUGUAUCUGUUUCACGCUGAUCUCAAAGCUUCAGGAUAUAGCGUUUCAAAUAAAGUCAAAACAAAUGCAAAAGAAAAAAAAAUCACUGAAAGCUGUUACUAUAAACAACAUUUUAAAGGAACUGUGUAUGUAAAAAUAGUAUAUGUAUGUGAUUGAAAAUAAACAAAACCUUUGAUCUUGGA